AGCCGGUUUCAGCUUUUCUAGUCCUCCUUCCCAACAUGGCGCAGUCGGUGAACAUCACCGAGCUGAAUCUUCCGCAGCUGGAAAUGCUCAAGAACCAGCUGGACCAGGAAGUGGAGUUCUUGUCCACGUCCAUUGCCCAGCUCAAGGUGGUGCAGACCAAGUACGUGGAAGCCAAGGACUGUCUGAACGUGCUGAACAAGAGCAAUGAGGGGAAAGAAUUACUUGUCCCACUGACGAGUUCUAUGUAUGUCCCUGGGAAACUACAUGAUGUAGAACAUGUGCUCAUCGAUGUGGGAACUGGCUACUAUGUAGAGAAGACAGCUGAAGAUGCCAAGGACUUCUUCAAGAGGAAAAUAGACUUUCUCACCAAGCAAAUGGAGAAAAUCCAACCAGCCCUUCAAGAGAAGCAUGUCAUGAAACAGGCUGUCAUGGAGAUGAUGAGCCAGAAGAUUCAGCAGCUCACAGCCCUGGGGGCAACUCAGGCUGCCAAGGCCUGAGAUCCUGUUUCAGAAACCAGGCAGAGACCCUACUUCCAGGGCCUGGGACUUUGUGGUGGGGAAGAGAAGGGUUUUGUGUUUGAUGCCAAUAAAUGUUCCAGCCGA